AUGCACAAAUCUACCUCUCUUUCCCGCAAAAGCUCCAAAUUCAUUUUUAUUUCGUUUAGAAAGGACAAAGUUGUGUCUGAAGAUUAUAAAAUCUAUCUAUCUAUCUUUCUAUCUAUCUAUCUAUCUAUCUAUCUAUCUUCAUCUCUCAAUGAAGUUGAUAAAAAUGUUCAUAAAGACCAAAUAGGAAACGUUCAUCAAUCUAUUUGUUCUUUAUCUUACCAUCCUGUCGGAUUCGGAUCCAUAUUUGAUCUAUAUUUGAUCCGAACUCUAUCUAUCUAUCUAUCUAUCUAUCUAUCUAUCUAUCUAUCUGCACUUUGCGACCCAAAAGCCUUUUGCUAUCUAUCUAUCUAUCUAUCUAUCUAUCUAAAUCAAUUUUUUUCAUCUAUAUCAUCUUCUAAAUCUGGCUUUUCACAUCUAUUUAUCUAUCUAUCUACCCAAAUCACCUAUUUUUUUUUAUCUAUCUAUCUAUUUCUAUCUAUCUAUCUAUCUAAAUCUGGCUUUUCAUAUCUAUUUAUCUAUCUAUCUAUCUAUCAAUUUUUCUAA